AUCCUGUCCUUGAAAUUUUGACGUAAAACGUUGCGUAAAACCUCUUUGCCGGGAAGUUGAAUUACGUAAGGUUGUGUUUCUUCAAUACAAGAGAGGCAAGCCUGAAGAUUUUUGUGAUGAAGAUUGACAGAUAUAUAAAAUUUUGGAAUGGCAAACAAAUGCCGAUUAUUGGCCUGGGAACAUGGCAGGCAUCAGAUGAAGAGAUCAGUGUUGCUGUGGAUGCAGCCCUAGAAGCAGGGUACAGACACAUUGACACAGCAUAUGUGUACGAAAAUGAAGCUGCUAUUGGGAAAGCACUGAAAAAAUGGUUUGACUCUGGCAGAAUAAAACGCGAAGAGCUGUUUAUUGUGACGAAGCUGCCGAUGACUGGUUUCCAGCCGGAAAAAGUUGAGAAGUACUUGAACAAAUCACUGGCAGCUCUGCAACUCUCCUACGUGGACUUGUACUUGAUUCAUUUCCCUUGCGGCCUUGUCGACAAGGAAGGUAACUUGUUCCCAGUGGAUGAGGCGGGAAACUUGCUGAUAGAUCCCACAACUGACCACGUCGCCUUGUGGAAGGCAAUGGAGGCACAGGUGGAUGCAGGCAAGGCUCACUCCAUUGGCUUGUCGAACUUCAACGCCCGCCAGAUAGAGCGCGUCGUGAAGGCUGCGAGGAUCCCGCCCGCCAACUUGCAGGUGGAGCUCCACGUCUACUUUCAGCAGAGGGAGCUGGUUGACUUCUGCAAAGCCCUCGACAUCACAGUGUGUGCGUACGCACCUAUUGGUUCUCCAGGGUUGUCCCAGUUCAUGGAUAAAAUCGGCGGAGACAAAAGCAGCUUGCCCAGUCUCAGUCCAUUGUCGGAUCCUGUUGUGAAGGAAAUUGCCCAGAAGCACAAGAAGACAACGGCACAGAUCCUUCUGCAACAUAUAAUGCUGCGUGGAAUUGCUGUAAUUCCAAAGAGUGCAAAUCCAGAAAGAAUCAAACAAAACAUUGAGGUAUUUGACUUCACACUUGAUGAAGAAGAUGUCAAAAGACUGGAUUCCUUAGAUAAAGGAAACAAAGCACGUUUAUUCAGCGGUGACAUGUUAAAAGGGAUCAGCAAGCAUCCAGAAUAUCCAUACAAAGAUGCUUAUUGAAUCUGUCACCUCGAUAUUGCUUGUAAAGUAAUAUUGACAGUUCAGAGCUAUGUUCAGUUUUUGUAUGUGGACCUUUUUUUAAAAUUUUUUAUUCAAUUUUAUUUUCUGUGGAAGCACGAAAAUCUUAAUACUAUGUAGCUGGUGUCAGUCUAUCAUGUUAAGUGUUAAUUUCAUCUUUCAGUGAAGAUUGUAUACUUUAUUCCAUCCAUGAGCAUUUAACAUUUUAUUGAAUAUGUGUAAAGUAUUUUUAAUGAUAAAUUUUUAUAUAUCUCUUGAAUGUUAAAUAUAUUUUUAUAAUGUUUUUUUAUACAAAUUAAAAAUCAUUAAAAAUAUUUUGAAAUGUUUAAA